AUGUCAGCCAUUAGUCGAUAUCUAUCCAAAAAAAAGUAUCAAUAUGAAUUGCAAUCAGCUCUUUACAUGUUGGAACCUUGGGAGAAAGUCUUGUUUAAUUCACUUGCAUUGUGUCUUUUAUCUGUUUCAAUUGCAACAGCAUACCAUUUUAUUAUGCCAUUUUAUUCAGCAGCAAUUAUUAGCUUAUCAUGA